ACAGCUGAUAGAGGCGGGUAGAGGAGAGAGAGAGACCCAGAGAGGAGGAGGAGUCCAAAAAAAAAAGAGAGGGAGAGCUACAGAAGAGGCAACGGACGCUCAAAGCACUCACACUCGGAGGAGUGCGAGAGAGGCGCUCAAGUCACUUUGAGAAGAAAUUUGGAUUCUUUCAUUUUUUCCCUGUUCUCCUUUCAACUGGAUUUCAGCGGACAUUUACCAAGAACUAUUUUAGCAGGGCUUUAAUCAGAUCAGAGUUGAAGUAGAAGAAGUACAGCAUCAUUUCACUACAUCUUAGCCAUCAUCUUGGACUAGAGGAGAGUGGAGCACGUGUGAGGACCACUGUACGAGUAAACUUUUUGUGUAUUAUUGGAGCGCAUGUGGGGGGUGGGGGGUAUUGGUAGAGUCAUAAAGUAUUGCAGGGGAGGACUGAGAAGCCCCCCACCCCCCUGAGUUGAUCGGGCUGUGCAUGAUUUGACUUAUGGAUGUGCAGACAUUCCUGAAGAACUCCUGAGGAAUAAACAGGGAAGCAAGUCCAACAUUCUGGUCCUGUCACAUCUUAGAUUUGUGAGAUUUCAACACAGAGGUUGCGGGUGCCCCCCGUACGAGGAGAUUUGUAAGCACGGGAGGGGGGCUACUCCCACGCUUGUACCCUCUCCCUGCCCCCAGCUCAGCAUGCCCCAGCCCCUGAGCACCUCCACAGCUCCUCCAGCUCCACUACCAUGUGUAGAUGGACAGUGACACAAGGUGCACCGGCCGCCUGGUUCUCCUCCCACCCCUGCCGUCACGCAACCCCGCCGCACCUCUUAUCCCUUACCUUCCUUCUCCUGCUACUUCUUCUCGGACCUUCUUCAUCGUCAUCGCUGAGUUUGAACCAAAGCCAACAUGGAGCAGGGAGUCCACCCUUCGUCACAUCAACGUCGCCUCUCAGAGCUUCCUCCGCCAGGUUGCCACGGGCGACCAACCUGUCAUCUCCGUCUUCAGCCGCCGUGGUGGGGCGCCACGUGCGUAGUAGCUACAACCACCUGCAAGGAGAUGUGCGCCAAAGGAAACUGUUCUCAUACCAGAAGUUUUUCCUACGCAUUGACAAGAAAGGGAAAGUCAAUGGCACCAAAAGUGAGGACGAUCCUUACAGUAUUCUGGAGAUCAAGUCAGUGGACGUGGGAGUCGUGGCCAUCAGGGGCCUCAGCAGUAACUACUAUCUGGCCAUCAGCAAAAAGGGAGAGCUGUACGGCGCGAGGGACUUUGGGCCAGACUGUCGCCUGAUCGAGCGCAUCGAGGAGAACAAGUACAACACGUACGCUUCGGCAGAGUGGCGCAACAAGCGAAGGCACAUGUUCGUGGGACUCAAUGCCAACGGCAAAGCCGUGAGGGGGAGGAAGACCAAGAGGAAAAACACAACCACUCACUUCCUGCCCAUUGUUGUGCAUCCCCGAUAAUGGGACAUGAUGUUGAGCAUCUGGGGAAGGACUUGUUUAGAAGAAGACUAAGGGCUACUGUGGGAAACCCAAAGACAUUUUGCAUCUGUCGGAUGAGGACACUUCAGUACAAAACACACAGAAAAAGAUAUAUUGCUACUGUAUACAAUGUACAUAAUAUUUUUGGGUCUAACUUAUAAAAGUAUGCUGGCACAGUAGUAAAUUUGGGAAAAUGAAAUGUGAUCAGCAACUUCACAGAGAAGUUGGAGAGGUUGAUAGAGCAGCAAACCAAGCAAGUCAAACGAUCUAAAGUUUUUCUUUUUUGGAUUUAUUUAUUUUGUGUAAUAUUUAACAGAAAGAACAAAUACAUGCUAAAAAGGUGAUUAUCUUUUUUGUAAAAAAAAAAACAACAACAAAAAACAUUUAUGCUUUUGUUAUUUGAAUACUCUUCUUUUUAAAC